AUGACAGCCCAAGAAUUGUUCACUGAAGAGCACAAGACGCUGGUGAAAGGUGCGCAAGAGUGGCUAAUGCGAACCACACAGGCAUGCACUUUAGUUGCAGUGCUGAUUGCCACCGUUGCUUUUACCUGUGCCUACACCGUUCCCGGAGGUACCAGUAAAACCGGCCAGCCUCUUCUUUUGAAGACGACAGCUUUCUCGAUCUUUGCCACCUCGGAUGCAUUGUCUCUGUGCUUCUCACUGACUUCAGUGGUGGUAUUUCUGUCCAUUAUGACAUCCAAAAUGCACGAGCAAGAUUUCAGGAGUUCUCUGCCAUCGAAGCUUGUUUUGGGGCUGACCACUCUGUUUUUAGCUGUGACGUUCAUGAUGGUUGCAUUUGCUGCUACUCUCAUGCUCAUGAUAAGACAGAGGCUGCAUUGGGCCGCCAUUCCUAUCUAUACCAUUGCUUGUUGCCCUGUUACCAUUUUUAUUUUUCUCCAACUCCCUCUUUACCUCAAUAUUGCUUGGUUCACAGUUAAGGACUUGUUUUCUGGCAUUUCUGCCUAA